GGAAGCAGCAGAGCCAUUUUUACUGUUGAGUAACUACAUGCUGCUCUGCCUGUGCUCGAGAGAGGGUGAGAGCGAGCUAGAGGAAUAAAGUGCUCCUCCUGGAUCUUAUCGGAGCCCUCUCUCCCCUCUCUCGCCUUCCUCUCUUCUCCUUGUACACCUCUUGCUUGCGGCUUGUGUCCAUUUAAGUUGGGGAGGCCCUGGAGAGGACACACAAUGGAGCGAAGAGCCUGUGGCAACUGGGCCGUUGUACUGCUGAGAGGGGGAUGGGGCAGAGAGAGGACCGGCUCACACAGCUAACACAGCCUGCCGGCUGUAGGCUUCCACAGCCGCUCCUCCCUGCCUGGGCCCACUGUUUUCAGGCUGGGGACUUUUUCGCAGAGUAGCCACUCUCAAACUACGCUUGGACUACACACUAAGGAUUACCUAUUGUGUUCUGUGGGAUUUUAAAAAACAUACUGGAGCCUGAAGAAUAAACCCCUCCUGUGUUUUGGAUGAGAGAAAAGGAAACUCAAACUUUUGUGUAAUCAUUUUUUUUGUCAUUCUUUUUUUGGUUUCUGUUUAGUGGAAUUCAUAAAUGGAUUACAAGAUGCAUGCCAAGUCAAACGAUUUGCUGGAUUUUCAAAAACUGGACGCCCUCCUGGAAAAAAUUGCACAUUCAGUCUCUGUGAAAAGAGAGUCCAGCGAGGAGUGCAAUGGGAUCAGUGGUGCUCUGUCAGUGGAGUCUGUGCCGGGGCCAAGACUGAACUGGUGUCCUGCCAACACCACUACCCCUGCCCCUGCUUCAGCUCCAGCUCCCGCUCCGGGGCCCGAGCCCACGCCCAACCCUGUUAGAAUGGGGGACGGCCUGGAUGUAGCGCAGAUGUCGGGCAGCAGCAGCAGCCAAGGGCAGGCGCAGCAAAUGCUCAACCCCCCACCUCCAGAGUACAUCAAUCCCAGCAGGCCAAAGCGCCAGACCAAUCAGCUGCAGUACCUGCUCAAGAUGGUGCUGAAGUCCCUGUGGAAGCACCAGUUUGCCUGGCCCUUUCACGCCCCAGUGGAUGCGGUCAAACUUAACCUGCCUGACUACUACACCAUAAUCAAGAAUCCAAUGGACAUGGGAACAAUCAAGAAAAGGCUUGAGAACAGUUACUACUGGAACGCCCAAGAAUGUAUCCAAGACUUCAGCACCAUGUUUACCAACUGCUACAUAUACAACAAGCCUGGAGAUGACAUAGUCUUAAUGGCUGAGACUCUAGAGAAGGCUUUCCUCCAGAAAGUCUCAGAAAUGCCUCAGGAAGAAACAGAGAUUGUUGUCAUGACAGGGAAGGGACGUGGCCGGGGCCGAAGAGAUGGAGGUCUAAGCUUGAAACCAGGGGCCAUCAUUGAUUCUUCGUCCACAACUCCUCAAACACGUGGUCUGUCGAACCUCUCGGCAGGACCGCAGACCAGAGGACCAGUGCAGGGCCCACCUUCGCUACCUCCCCAGCCUUUGAUGCAGGGCCUGCCGUCCCACAUGCCCCCAACGUUAUCCAGCCACGCACCGCAGCUUGGAGCUCCAUACUCCCUGGGCCAAUCAGACUGCGUUCCUCAAGUUCCCAUCAUGACUUCUGUGCCUCCUGUUGCUCAGACCUCUCUUCCCCCAGCAUCCAUCCAGAGCACUGCACCCAUGAUGCAGACACCUAUAACUAUGACCAAACAAAGAAAGAGCCAGAAAAGGAAAGCAGACACUACAACGCCCACGGCAAAUGACCAACUGAGUGAGUCUUCACCAGCAGAGUCCAAAUCUGGAAAGACACUACCCAGGCGAGAGAGUACCCGGCCUUCAAAACUGAUAAAGAAGGAAGCUCCAGACUCCCAGCAUCACAUAGGCAUAGGCAUAGGCAUAGGUAUAGGCAUGAGCAUGAGCAUGGGGAUGGGACUGAGUGGACCAAGUGGAGGUCAUAGCCCCAAACCACAGGAUCAGAUGGGAUAUUGUGCUAGUCUGGUUAGGGACAUGCUGUCCAAGAAGCAUGCUAAUUAUGCCUGGCCAUUCUACAAACCUGUCGAUGUGGAUGCACUGGGACUACAUGAUUAUCACGAUAUCAUCAAACAUCCAAUGGACCUAAGCACCAUCAAGGUCAAGCUGGAGAACAGGCAAUACCGGGAACCCCAGGAGUUUGCUGCUGACGUACGGUUAAUGUUUUCAAACUGCUACAAAUAUAAUCCUCCAGACCACGAGGUGGUAGCUAUGGCACGCAAGCUGCAGGAUGUCUUCGAGAUGCGCUUUGCCAAGAUGCCAGAUGAACCUGAGACCAAGCCUCUGAUUUCUGCCCCUGCUCCCACACUUCACCAUCCUGCCCCUGUUAAGCCCCAGCCUCCUUUGGCCCCAGUUCCCUCAUCUUCAGACAGCUCCAGCGACUCAUCCUCUGAGUCUGAGUCUUCUACAGAUGACUCUGAAGAGGAGAGAGCACAGAGACUGGCUGAGCUCCAGGAACAGUUGAAGGCUGUCCACGAGCAGCUGGCUGCCCUGUCCCAACCACAAGCCAGCAAACCAAAGAGAAAAGAGAAGGAGAAGAAAGAAAAGAAGAAAGAUAAGCAUAAGAAAAAAGGAAGCAUGCCUGGUCUUGUAGAUGAGAUCCAGGAAGCUACACCUGUUUCGCAGCUCUCUAAAAAGUCCAAGACCAGUAACAAUAACAAUAAAGAGGUUCCCAAGAAGAAACCCAGUAAAAAGGAAGGGAUGAAAAACAAUCACCCCACCAACCUGCAGCCGGUUCCCAGUCUGGAAGAUGACUUGGGAGCAGCUGGGUCAUCGGCCACAGGGGAAAAGUGCAAACCUAUGACGUACGAGGAGAAGAGGCAGCUAAGCUUGGACAUCAACAAGCUUCCUGGGGACAAACUUGGUCGUGUCGUGCAUAUCAUCCAGUCCAGAGAGCCCUCACUCAAAAACUCAAACCCUGAUGAGAUUGAGAUUGACUUUGAGACGCUAAAGCCUUCCACUCUGCGCGAGCUGGAGAGAUACGUAUCUUCCUGCCUCCGCAAGAAGAAAAAAGUUCCAAAUGAGAAACCUGUGGAGUCCAUGACUACCUCCAAAAAGACUGGAUCCUCUUCAGAGAGCAGUGGCUCCAGCACGGACAGUGAAGCUGAGGGAACAGGAAUGAUAAAGCCGCAGCAGAAGAAGAGGAACCAGUCUGUGAAGGAGGGGAAGAAGAUGCAUCUUCACAACCAGAGCGGCCCUCCUCAAACUGGGCACCAUUCCCAAGCUGCCAGCCUUCAGUCCAGCAAUCAGCUGAAGCUGCAUCAGCAGCCGCAGCAGCCGCAGCAGCCGCAUCAGCCAUCUCCUGCAGGCUUCAUUGUUCCCCCUGUAGCUGCUCUGGAGUCUUCCCAGUUACUGGAGACGAGCUUCGAGUCCCUUCCUCCUUUCGGCCAGCCCCUCAUGCAUCUGUCCCACCACACGGGCAACUCCUCCUCACCUGGGCCUCCGCACCUCAACGCUCAUUCUGCUGGACCCGUGUCUCCUGAGACCCACCCUUUCCUCAACCAGCAUCCCAUCCUUCCAUCCCCAGCUUUGCACAGUUCCAUGCCUCAGCAGCCUUCUCGACCCAGUCACAAGGCAGCGCCUCUUCAUCCCAAACCCCCUCAGCAGCAACCAGCACCUCCUCAGCAGCCGCCAACCCUGCAGCAGCAGCAGCAGCAGCAACAACAGCAACAACAACAACAACAACAACAACAACAACAGCAGCAACAGCAGCAGCAGCAGCAGCAGCAGCAGCUCCAGUCCCAGUCAGUGGCACCACCACAGCACCAGCUCUCCUCUCAGAUCCUUCAUCCUCCUCAGCCCCUGCACCAGCGGCCCUUGUCUCCUCCAACGCUCACACCCCAGGGCUUGCUGUCUUCCCAGCCUCCCCAGAUGCUACUGGAAGACGAUGAAGAGCCAGGUUCUACUACACCUAUGAACCAAGUACAGUUAUAUCUGCAGCAGUUUCAGCAAACCCGUCAGCCCCAACAGUCCAUGCAGUCGCUCCAGGCGCAGGCUCGUCAGCAGCAGCAGCAGCAGCAGCAACAACAACAACAACAACCAGGACAGACCUCUCUGUUGCAGUCUGUCCAGGGACAAUCUCAACUCUCCUCUCAGACCACACUGCCUCCUCCCCAGCUCCCUGUUCAGUCCCAGGCUCAGCCGGCCCCAUCGCAUCAGGCCCCGCCCCAACAGAUGCCUCUACACCAGACCCACCACAUGCAGCACACUCAGCAGCAGCAGCAGCAACAGCAGCAGCCACAACCGCAGCAACUGAACUACCAGCAGGGUCCUGGACUAGCUGGUCAGUCCCAGGGCUCACAACACAAGAUAUCCAUGCCCACCAACAAAGCACAGCAGAUCAUCCAGCAGCAGCAAGAACAGCCCUCCCCUCGCCCGACCAAGGCAGAUCCUUACAGCACGGGCCACAUGAGGGACAACCCUUCCCCUCUCAUGAUGCAUUCCCCGCAACUCCCCCCGUACCCCCCUGUGUCUCACCAGUCGCCACCUCACAACAUGCAGCCCAAAAAGAGGGCCCCUGCCCCAGCUGGGUUAAAGGAGGAGAAACUUCCUCCAUCACCAGUGAUGAGAGGAGAGCCAUUUAAUCCUGCAAUGAGACCAGACCAUCACAAACAUCCUGACAUCAAGCCUUCUCAACCAGUUCACAGCCAACAGAAUGUGAAGUCCAUGGACAGCUCACGACCGGUCAUCCGCUCCUCUGAGCCCAGUGGGCCACCCUCCUCUUUGCAAGACAAGGAUAAGUUCAAGCAGGAGUCCAAGGCGCCCGUUGCCCCCAAAAAGGUACAGGAUGUGAAACUGAAGAAUAUGGGCUCAUGGGCCAGCCUCGCACAAAAGUCCACGUCUACGCCUUUAUCUGCAGUGAAGUCAUCCAGUGACAGCUUUGAGCAGUUCCGCCGUGCUGCCCGGGAGAAAGAGGAGAGGGAGAAAGCCCUGAAGGCCCAAGCCGAGCAGGCGGAAAAAGACCGACUGCGCAGAGAGCAGGACAAACUACGUGGUCGGGAUGAAGAGGACAUCAUGGAGCCAAGCAGGAGGGUGCACGAGGAGCCACGCAGGCGUCUGGAGCAGCAGCACAUCCAAGCUCCUUCACAACAACAGCAGCAACAACCACAACAGCAACAGCAACAGCAGCAGCAGCAGCAGGAGCCUCCGCCGGCUUCCAUUCAGCAGCCUCCUCAGCCCCCCACACCGCCACAGCCCGCCACACAGAACCCACUAGACCAACAGAGGGAGCUAGCACGCCGCCGAGAGCAGGAGCGGAGGAGGCGAGAAGCGAUGGCAGCAACUAUUGACAUGAAUUUCCAAAGUGACUUAAUGGCUAUUUUUGAGGAGAACCUGUUUUGAGAUGAGGAACAACUGAAACGUAACUGCAAAAACUGAAAAAAAAGGAGAAAAAAACUUGAUGAUGUAAACUUCCUCUAAAGAGAGAGAUUUGUCGAUCAUGCGCCACAGAGGGACACGGACUGUGUGACGGCGUGACGGGCCCAUGGAGACUGAGUACAAACGCUGGAUGGGUCGUCACAGCUCGCUUUGCCCCUGUGGACUGAACCCGUGCGACACGUGGAGAUGGUCUCGCUGUUUUGGAUGUCAUUAUUCCUGGGAAUUUGGCGUUGCCUACCGGAUAUCUCAUAACAGGAGAAAGAGGACCUUUGUCGGCACAGUUGCCUUUGUCACACUUUCUUCGUACAGUGUGAGCGGGUGCAACGAUGAACUGCAAGAGUAAAGACAUCCCGAUAUCUAUGAAAAUGCUCUGAUAAUGUACUGACAGACUGCGCAGAGGCGUUUUGAAACUGCCAGAUGUCUGAGGUGGUGAAGAAGACUGCUCUUUUAUGUUCUGUUUUGUUUUGGUUAUUGUAAGUGAACACACAAAAAGGUUGGGGAGGGUGGGGGGGUGGGUGGGGGUGGGCAACUUCCAUACUGUAAAUCAUGUAUAUUUCUCAGCAGAGAAGGUACAGUUUGCCUUACACCUCUUUCCUAAACAGACCAUUAUGUUCUGUGGCCUGCACACAUGGACAAACCAAUAACAUUUACAAGCAGGAGUAGGAGCUGUGCAGACCUUUUUUCAUCAUCUAGUAUCUACUGUAAAGAAGUAUUUUCUUAUACUACAAUAACUUUUUUUUUAGUCUUUCUUUUUUUUCCUCUUUAGAUCUGUCAGUCUUCACACCAACACACUCCAUCACCUCUGUCUAUGCCAAACAACCCAUUAUCUUUUAUGCUAAAUUAAUUGUCCUAAAACACGAUAGGUAGCUAGUGACAUAAAAAGAAGAAAACCCUGAAUAUAUGCAUUAUCAUAGUUCCAGCAAGUAUAUAUCAAAGACGGAAUCAGAUGAAGGUUUCCUCCUGCCUUGUAUUUUUCAUUUAAAGCUAAAACAGGAAUUUGUUAGCAGAAGAAGGGAAAGGUCCAGCCGCUUCUGAGCUUUAGUUGGAGUAUGAUUUCACUACAAGUGUCGCACAUUGUUUGUAUUACACUUUUGAGACAUGAUGUUGGAAAUGCCGGUAUCAUUGGCCUGUUCACAGCACUCACACUACUGGAUCAGUUAAGAUAUGAGAAGAUGGGGGGCCCCUCACUGUUCCCGCUGCAGGCGCUCUGAUCUCACCUCCAGGUUUUGAUCAAACGUCAACAGGCAGGAAGGGACAGUCAAACACUUUCCUGUAGCAGUAAAUGAAGGGACUGGACGGAGCUCCCGUGUGGUUUUGGCAUCAAAUCGUCUUCUAAUUCACUGAGGGCACACUGUCGACAGUACAAAGUUAAAGAAAAACAACAAAAAAAAAACCAAAAAAAAAAAAAAAGACAAACGAUUACAAAAGUUAAGAAACGGAAAAUGCUGAAAAAACAGUUCUGAUUUAUAUCUUUGUUCUUGUUCGAUAAUAGUGGAUGUGAGUUAUAAUUCUGUUCUUGGAAACAUUGUUUGGACCGGAGAUGAGUUGAAAUCUGAAUGCAUCUCAUCUGCUUCACUUGUCUCUUAUGGUGUUUUUCUCCAGUGCCUGUAUUGUAUUGCGAUUCUCGUUGGCUUAUAUUACACUUCGAAGGGGUGGGGUGUGGGAGGGGGGUGGGGUUCGAAAGGGGCGAUUAAAGAUUGGGUGGUGUAAUAUUUGAACGGGGAGGGAGAUUUAGGAAAGUGUGUGGAAAAGAAAAAAUAAUUAAAAAAAAAAAGGCAAAGACAGCGUUUUAUAUUUUACCCGUUGUCAAUAUUCGGGUUUUAAAAUUUAGUUUUAGCUGGACUUCUGAGUGUACACACCUGACAACUACUUUCUCAUUUUGUUCAAGCAGCAUAUUUUAGGUAGAUAUGUUUCAGCGUUGCCACACUAGCGUUUGAGUCUGGUCUGUGAGUGUGACUGUGUAAAUUUGGACGGCUGACUGUGUGUUUUGUUUUUGUUACCUUUUUUUUUUUUUUUUUCUUUUUAAAUGUGUGGUGUGCAGGGAGGCAUGUUCCCCAGUGUAGAUAACCAUUCUAUUGAGGAGAAUAAACAAAUUAAGAGUACUUCAGGAGAACUUGUUUCUGUGCUUAAGUCACCUUUUUACUUUCUAUGAAGUCCACCAUAUAUGAGUAUAGAAUUUUUAUUAGACAGGUUUUGAAAGGGUUAAAAAAAACAACAACAAUAAACUUCAUUCCUUUUUAGCCUUUUUUUUUUUCCUUUUCACAAUAACUGUUGGACAUAAUGUGCCAUGAGUUCUACAGAGAAUGUGCUGACCCCGCAGCUCAGCCCAGAGUUUGCUUUAUUCAGGUAUUUUAUUUUGUGCUACAUUUGUUCUGUUUUGGGGUUUUGUUGAAACAUUUUCCUCGAAUAUCAUUUGGUAUGUGAGUGGUCUAUCGAGGUCUCUGAUUCAGUCUGUUAUGAUCAUUGAAUAAACUCAUCUCUUUUAUAGAAAAUAAAAAAAAUAAAUGAAA